AUGCCGACUGGGCCUCCCAGAGAAGGGAGUGAAAUGCGGCCACUUGGCUCCGUAUCUGUCAUUCCUUAUGGAGUAAAGGUAGCCACUGGGCCAUCUGGCCCUCCAGGAGAAAAGGGACCCAUGGGGCCUCCCGUUCCUGGGUUUACUGCUCCUUCCGGAGAAAAGGGAGCCACUGGUUCUCCCGGAGAAAUGGGAUCCUUUGGGCCAGCUGGUCCUCCCGGAGAAAAGGGACCCAUGGGGCCUCCCGGUCCUGGGUUUGCUGGUCCUCCCGGAGAAAAGGGAGCAAUUGGGCCAGCUGGUCCUCCCGGAGAAAAGGGACCCAUGGGGCCAUCUGGUCCUCCUGGAGAAAAGGAAGCCAUUGGGCCAGCUGGUCCUCCCGGAGAAAAGGGACCCAUGGGGCCUCCCGGUCCUGGGUUUGUUGCUCCUCCCGGAGAAAAGGGACCCAUGGGGCCUCCCGGUCCUGGGUUUCCUGGUCCUCCAGGAGAAAAGGGACCCACUGGAGAAAAGGGAGCCAUGGGGCCUCCAGGGAAAAAGGGAGCCAUGGGGCCACCCGGAAGAGAGAUGGUCGGGCCGCCCGGAGAAAAGGGAGCCAUGGGUCCUCCCGGAGAAAGGGGAGUCAUGGGGUGUCCAGGAGAAAAGGGAGCCAUUGGGCCUCCCGGUCGAAAGGGAGCAAUCGGGCCACCAGGUCGAAAGGGAGCCACAGGGCCAACUGGAUCCGCUGGUCCACCAGCACGUUGCCCGAGUGGUUAUAACAUGUUUCAACAAACCUGCUACAAGAUGUUCAGCACACCAAAGAAAUUCAACCAAGCUGCCUCGGCCUGUAAUGAAGACGGCGGAACCCUCGCCAUGCCCCAAGACGCUGGGACCAACACCUUCCUGGUCUCCCUACAGGCUAAGAAGGUCUACUGGAUCGGCCUGCAUGACCAGCGCAAAGAAGGCAGAUUUCAGUGGAUGGAUGGCUCUGAUAUUGGAAAGUACAAUUCGUGGUAUCCGAAACAGCCAGAUAACGUGUAUGGUAUUGAAGAUUGCGUUCUCAGCUUUGAUGGAAAAUGGUACGACAUGGAGUGCCGAAACAGGAUGCUAUUCAGUUGUGAAGUUGCUCCAAAUAGCACAUAUAUCAGCGACCAUGUCCCAUUCAUCAAGUCCCAGGUCAUACAGAUCCAAUGCGCCAAACUGAACCGCAAUGAUGGCUGGGAGCUGCCCAAGUCCUACCUCCCCCUAAUCCGUAAGGAGGCCGGGGAAGGGGGAUUGGAAGGUGGGGGGUUGGGUGAUCCACGCAAAUCUCGGGCCUGGUCUCGUGAUCUCGUGAGACUUGGCUAUUCUGUGAUCAAGACGUACUGA